AUGGACCGCUGGGCCCAGCCUGUGCCGCUGCAAAGACUAGCGGAUGUUCCGACUUGGUUCGAUAGCUUUGAUUCUUCCGGCGUGCCAGGAGCAAUGCCCCAAGUGAUGGAACCGUUUCAGGCACCAGCCGCAACGUGGAUGAUCCGGAUGUUCAAGACGCGGCCCUGCAACAUUGAUGGCGAGCAUGACCACCGUGCUUGCCCCUGGUAUCACAGCGAACGUGAAAAGAGACGUCCGGUAUUGAUUGAAGGCUCUUCUCCAGCCUAUUACAGCGUGCCUUGUGAGCUUCGCUUUGACGAUGAGGGAAUCUGUCCCAAAGGCGACUUGUGCGACCGUUGUCACAGCAACACAGAGCUCCUUUAUCAUCCGGACCUUUACAAGAAGCGCUUUUGCCAUCAACCCCGCAACUGCGCACGUGGUAAAUUCUGUGCUUUUGCACACUCCCGUGAGGAGCUGCUUGCACCGUACUUUUCACCAGAGGAAGAGAACCAUCCGACCGAAGAGUUUAUGGCACAUCAUUUCAAGACGCAGUGGUGCCCAAUUGGCGGCCCUCACGAUUGGGAGAAGUGUGUCUAUGCCCACACCUACCGCGACUUCCGGCGAGUGCCCGCUCUUGGGAAUGCUGCGGACACAGACUACCUUACUCGGUGCCCUCUUGGGUUCACCUGCCCGUUGGCGCAUGGCGCAAAGGAGCAACUCUACCACCCAAGGUUCUACAAAGCCAACCCCUGCAGCGACCGGCACUGCCGGCGGCGUGUGCUUUGUGCCUUCACCCACGGGGAGGCUCCCAGAAUACGGGUGGAACACAGGAGGGUGAACCAGUGGAGGAUGAUCCCCGAUGCAGAGCUGCUCCUGGCUCAGUUCCAGCCCAACUUCGCACGGCCUCCAGUCUACUUGUCGGAGGAUCCCAAGGGAAGCCUCGUCCUGGGCCCCACUCAAGAAGCCUCGCCAGUCUUACCGGGCUUCUCGGCCCCAGCGGCUCCUCCUCAAUUUGUGGACUUUGCGGGGUAUCAAGCUCCGCUGCUGCUCCCGAUGUCCCCGUGCUCUGCUGGGAGCUUCGUCAUGGCCCCAACCAGCCCGACAUCCGGGAUGCCCUUCCCACCCAACGAAACUCCAAGCAACUGGCUGAAGAUCCCCAAGCCGGACCUUGAGACAGACUUUGGGCUCCAACGGGUGGCGCACCAACUCUUCCUUCGGCCCCGGUACACCGGUGGCCUCCUUGCCAUCUACGCCAAGAUCCGUGGGCUCCGGCUCGCCUGUGGCGGCACUUCCAAUUCCGAUCUCCUUGCUGCGGCCAUGAGGCGCGGCUUCCUUGAGCUCAUGGACACCAUGCCACAGGCCAUGAAAAUGGACUUCGCCCCCUACAUUGAGCAGUUGUUCCCGCCUAUGUUGAUGGGAAUCACAGGCGACAAGGAUCAGAACGAGGAUCCCGGCCACCGUGCUGCCUUGGCAUUGGUGCAGCGUUUUGGAGACUUGUGUCCUGAUCGCUUGUUAGAUGGCUUUGAGGGAACCUACUGCCGCACCCUGCAGCACGACUCGCCAGAGGAGGCGAGCCGGAAUGCUAUUGUGAGGGAAAAGAAUGCGGUGCUCCUUGGCAAGGUGGCCGAGAAGAUUCUGGAGCACAAGAAGUUUGGCCAAGACUUGCUCACCACGGAGGAUUGCUCCAACAAGGCCACCCGUGAACGAGUCUUGGUGCUCAUCUUUUUGGCCAGGUACGAUGCCGAUGCCAGCGUGAAGCGCGUGGCCAACGGCCUAUGGAAGACGGCCGGAGGUGCACCAAAGGUGCAGAAGGCUAUCAUGCCUUCUGUGAGCAAGACUCUUCAAAAGUUUCGAGGAGGUUCCAAAGGCCCUGGAGCGCAGAAGCUCGCGCUUGAGGUCCUGGACCAGCUGGUGAAAGCUGGGGAGCUUGAGGCGAUAGAGGAAGCUAUCCCCGAGGCGCCAAAGUUCCAGUUUCCGCCGAGCGCAGAGAGGGCGCCGGAAAACAGCCUGCCCGCUCUCGUCAUCAGCGGCAAGGAACCCGAGGUCUCCUCCCAGGACUCCCAGUCGGGGGGAAAAGUGGAUGCCUCGCAGCUCGCUGCCAAGGCCCGGGAGGAGAUGACGAGCAACAAGCACCUGUCCAAACUGGUGCCAUGCGUGCGGGACCAUCUGGGUGCCAUCGGAGCGUCUAUCGUCGUCGAGGGGCAGAAGAACAAACACUUCCACGGCAGGAAGCAAGUUGCGACUUUGGCCGAAGAUGUGACCACAGCCCUGACACUCUGCAACGAGGUUGGGGAGGCCCCAAAUGCUGAUGACGUCCCGGGCAUCUGCGAAGCCGUGGUGCGCGCGGCCAUGGGGGACGCGUUCGAUGCCCACGCAGAUGGAGGCAACGAUGAUGAUGAAAUGUUGCUUCGGGUAGAGAACCUGCUCCUGAUGUAUGGUGCGGGGCAUUUGUUGCUCAAGGACACUACGCUGGAGAUGCGGCAGAAUUGCCGUUAUGGUGUGGUAGGUCACAACGGGGCCGGCAAGACCACCCUCAUGAAAGAAAUCGCCGCGCAUCGCAUCGUGGGCAUGCCGCCGGACUUGAAGUGCGUCCAUGUGGACGACUCGAAGCUCGGAGAAAUGAGCAAGAGUUACUUGACAGCACUGGAGUACUGCAUCAAGAUGGCAAAGGAUAUUGGCGUAAACGAUGCAGGCAGAGACACUCUGCUGAAGGUUGGCUUCGAUGAAGCCAAGCUAAACGAUCCUGUUUCGGAGCUGUCGACAGGAUGGAGGAUGCGCUUGACCCUGGCUGUGUCGAUGCUGAAGCACGCAGAUCUGGUUCUGCUGGAUGAGCCCACGAACCAUCUGGACGAGGAGUCCGUCCGGUGGCUAAGCGACUACAUCCUGUCCAUCACAUCAUCUUCUGUCAUGGUCAUCUCUCACGAACCCAAGUUCCUGAACAAGAUCUGCACUCAUGUGGUUGCAUACGUGGACAAGAAGCUAGAGUACACAGAAGGCAACUUCGACAUCUUCGCCCAGAAGAAGGGUCUGAGCAGGGAGCAGAUCGACUCCAUGCUUUCUGGUAACCUGAGCUUCGACACGAAGAAGGAGGGCGAGGAUGAGGAGGAAGGAGGUGAUGUCUCCAAAGUCUCAGCUCCUGUGGCUGGGCCGCCCAAGCUCACCUUCCCGAUCCCUGGGUCAAUGGAGGGCGUGAAGACCGGCUCCAAAAGCGUCCUGGAGAUUAAGCACGUGUCCUUCCGGUUUUCGAAGGACAAGGAUUACCUCUUCCAAGACUGCACCGGCAAGCUGAGUCUGAGCUCUCGUGUGGCCGUCUGCGGCAGGAACGGCUGUGGAAAGUCGACUCUCAUGACAUUGUUGUGCAGCGAGUUGCAUCCGUCGGACAACAAGGAUGGCGGCCACGGGGAGGUCUGGCGACAUCACAACCUCCGCCUCGCUUACAUGAAGCAGGAUCACCUGAAAGCCUUGGGGCCUUUCUUCGACACUUCGCCGUUUGUAUACAUCACCGAGCGCUUCAAGGAUGGCUACGACGGCGAUCUUCAGAAAAGGCUGAUAGAGCCAGAAGAUGAGGAAGAUGCCCUGCGGCGGAAGGAGCUUGCGAAGCAGCAUGGCAAGUACGGCAAUGAAGUUGCGGAGUUGGUGAGCCGAACGAAGGUCGGCAACCACCUGGCCUAUGAGGUUAGAUGGGACGGGCUGGAUGAUCCGAAGCAGAACACCGUGGAGCCCAUCUCCAAGCUGAAGGCGAUGGGCCUGGACAAGGUCAUCAUCGCCUGCGACGAGCGGAUCGCCGCCAAGGCCGCUGGACUUGACCAGCGUCCACUCACACGGCGGGAGAUUGUCAGGCAUUGCGAAGCUUUCGGCAUCGAUGAGGAGAUGUGCUGCAAUCGUCAGAUUCGUGGCUUCUCCGCUGGACAGAAGGUGCGGCUGUCCUUGGCAGCAAUGUUUUGGACAAAGCCGCAUUUCAUCGCUUUGGAUGAGCCCACGAACUAUCUGGACGUCGAGACGGUGGAUGCGCUGGGCAAGGCUCUCACGAACUUCCGCGGGGGCAUCAUCAUGAUCGAGCCCAAGAGCGACUUCGUAGAGCGGAUCUGCAACGAGAAGUGGGUCCUGGAGGAUGGGGUCAUGAAGCACGAAAAGCUGAACAACGGUGUGAAGCGGCAGGCCUAG